CACCUGGCUCUGCCUCCCGAGUGCUGGGAUUAAAGGCGCGUGGCUCUACUGCCCAGCUAGGACAAGUUCUAUAAAAAUGAAAAGUAAAUAUGACCUUUGUUUGUUUUGCAGUGUUGAAGAUUGAACAUGCAGUAGGAUGCAGUUACCAAUAUUGACCCCAGAAGAGAGAAGGCUGACAAUGGGAAACAUUGGGGAAGUUACCAGAAAGCUGUCAUCAUCAAUGACAGGCUCAGUCGGUGUCACAGAUUCACUGACUAGUCCGUGGCUUUAUUGUCUUUGAGGACCCAAUGCCUAGCAGAGGACCAAAGUUUACAGGUUAAAAAAAUUUCCUAGAGAAGAAGGAUCAUAAGCACCAUGAUGGACUCAGAAGCGCAUAAUAAGAGGUCCCCAAUAUUGACCUCUUCAAGCCAGGAUUUGUCAACUCACAUCGCAGACGUGGGUGAGAUAAAGCAUUACUUCUGUGGCUGCUGCGCAGCCUUCAACAACGUGGCCAUCACAUACCCUGUUCAGAAGAUCCUCUUCCGGCAGCAGCUGUAUGGCAUCAAAACGCGCGAUGCCAUUCUCCAGCUGAGGAAGGAUGGGUUUCGAAACUUGUAUCGUGGGAUCCUCCCCCCACUGAUGCAGAAGACAGCCACGCUGGCGCUUAUGUUUGGUCUGUAUGAGGACCUGUCUCGCCUGCUCCGCAAGCAUGUGAGCAGCACCCCGGAGUUUGCCAUCAGAAGUGUGGCAGCCGUGCUGGCCGGGACAACAGAGGCCGUCCUCACUCCAUUAGAAAGGGUCCAGACUUUGCUUCAGGACCACAAGCACCAUGAUAAAUUCACAAACACUUACCAGGCCUUCCGGGCCCUGAGAUGCCAUGGAAUUGCAGAGUACUACCGAGGCUUGGUGCCUAUCCUCUUCCGAAAUGGAUUCAGCAAUGUCCUUUUUUUUGGCCUUCGGGGGCCCAUCAAGGAGCAUCUGCCUACCGCCACUACGAAUAGCGCGCACUUGGUCAACGACUUUAUCUGUGGAGGUGUGCUGGGUGCCAUGUUGGGAUUCUUAUGCUUCCCAAUUAAUGUUGUAAAAGCUCGAAUACAGUCUCAGAUCGGUGGGCCGUUCCAGUCUCUCCCCAUGGUUUUCAAGACAAUCUGGGUAGAACGGGACAGGAAACUGAUCAAUCUUUUCAGGGGUGCCCAUCUGAAUUACCAUCGCUCACUCAUCUCCUGGGGAAUAAUCAAUGCAACGUACGAGUUUUUGUUAAAGAUUGUAUGAUAAGGUCACUACAGGAAAUGUUUUUCUCAACCAACUAGACCUAAAGAGAACGCAACGUGGUUUUGCUCCUGAUUGGCUUAAAUACAGGUUGGCGUCAUUAAGUCCAGGCCAUAAUAAACUACGGACAAAACGUUGACGAAAACAAUAAAAGGUUUCAGUGGGCAGACGGCAGGGUUGUGGUUUGAUCAUUACUCAGGAGCUCUAGCGUUCCCUGGUAACUAGCCGCAUAUCUGAUGGUCUUUCCAAGGCAGCUGUCAGCCAGGAGAGAGGAAGGGCCUGGAGCCUUUUCCUCCCGGAAGGAAGGGGCUGCUAGGCUCCUGUAUGGAAACAUGGCCUACCCCAGUGCUGCUCAGGCUCCCUCUCACCUCCUUCACUGCUUCUGUGCUCUUAGAUCACCUUCAUUAAAGCCAAGCAGUGCAUGGUGGGCUGGAGCAGAGACAGAAGACAGCGUCUGGCUGGAUAGUUCCGGGAAUUGUUGAAGUUAGCUUUGAAACAAGAAGUGCUGUGGAGGUCGUCAUUAUCCAAACUCUUUAUUUAGAUUUGAUAGUGUUUAGCAGCUAACGAAAGCUUACAUUUCACUGUUUAGCUUUGAACAUUUUCUGUUUAAUUCUGAAUGUGACUUUAAGCCCUUCUAGGAUGUCCUUGUGCUUUCUUACUGAAUUCCUUGUCAGAAGAUAGGGUGGCCUGGUUAACUUCUGUCGUGUGCUUCAUCCUGGGAAGCAGGCACUGCAAGGUCUCCUGUUUCUGCUACUGUGCCAACGUAGCUGACCAGAGGGGCACUGCCCCUUGUGAGUAGUAACUGUCUUGUCUGUCUGUCCUGUUCCCGAUACUAGACUUUCAAAAAUAAACACUUCCAUAAAGUUUCUUUGGGGAGUCCGUUAAUACAAUUGCAGGGUUUUUCUUGGUUUCACAGUGCUGCAGAGUGAGGUGAGAAGCGGAGGGUGGUUUCCCAGUGCUCACUCUCCAUUUCUCUGGAAAGAGACUUCUUCAGGGUUGACAGUCUAGGAGCCCGGUUUACCACUGUGCCAUUAGAACAGCGGGAGAGGGGCUGGUCUAGCCUCGGCACCUGACGGCUGGAGCUCAGCUAGGUUUAACAGGCACAGACGGGCCAAGGAAUCAGUUAUUUUCUGGGUAAAUGUGACAUGACUCACAAGCCAACUGAAAUAACAUCCAUUCUGGAGUAGUAGUUUAUGAAUGUUAAAAAUCUGUCUGUAAGUACUAGAUAACUUGUUUCCCAGGAUUUGUCAUGAGAAGUCAGCUUACUUUUUUUUUUUUUUUUUUUAAUGGUGCUAGGGAUGGAACCCAGGCCCUUGUACAUCCUAGGCAAGUGCUACCCAUGAGCUACACUCCAGCCUCCCCAGUUUUGAUCCUUUGAGACAGGGUCUCAACAUGCAGUCCAGGCUGGUCUUGAGCUCACAGAGGUCCAUCUGGCUCUGCCUCCUGAGUGCUAGGAUUAGUUAAAGGCCUGAGCUGCCAAUACCUAGCAUCUCCAGUCUUUAAAGGUGUCUUACAGUUUUUCAUCCCUCUGGGUAAUUGCAUACAAGUAUGUGCUUACACCUACAAACUGAAAUCAGACCCUCAACUGGAGUUGGCUAGAAGUUUCUGGGGCAGGUAAUUCAAGACAGCCGUUUACCUCUACGCUAAAGCUGGUUAAGUAAACAUUCUUCCGGCUGUAAGGGUGGGGAGCCUAGGAAGCUUUGGGACAGCAGGAGAGGAGGUCGGCGGCUCUGGAGAACCCUGAUGGAAGAGUUUGUGCAGUGCAGUGCAGACAUGCAGGUGUGAGGACUCGGAAGACAAGAUUUGACCCAGACAAAUUGAAACGGAAGUACUGUGGCUUCGGUGAAGAUUUGAAAGGGGUAAACUCUCACAAAGGAAAGAUGGCACCGUGACUCCUGGCCCCGGGUUCACGUGCAACAUGAGCACCCACGGGCCUGUCCAGGGGCAGCUCAGGGAUGGUGAGUGACAGGGAUCACACCUUGGCUCUGGCCUGAGCUUCCUUGGCCUGCAGUGAAAUGAGCUUGUUUUCUCACACUCCGUGCAGGUGUGGAAGUUUUACGUGUAAAGCGCUCCUGUCGAGUACAGGAGAAUGAUGAGGACAGUGCUUUGGCUUGUGCUCUGUCAAUUAUGUGGCAUUUUAAAACAAUUACUAAAUUUCUUAAUGAUUUUUAACUCCUAAGCAUUUCGUCACUCUCCGCCGAGCUCUCCAAGACUAAACUGCAGUAUAUUCCAGAGGUGGCUUUGUCUCCUACCAUCUUAAGCUUGACAAAAAAACAAAAUUCAUAACUUGUAACCCACUUUGUCUGAACUUUUAUGCCAGAAUGUAAUUAAUAGAUUCUAACUAGUGUGGUGAUAUUUUUUACAGGCAUGAUUAAAGAACUCUCUGAAAAGCUUUAAAGUGACCUUUCUGUAAUGUGUGGGGCGCAGGUGGCUCAUGAGCACAGGACACUGGUAUCCUGUGUUUCUUAGCUGAUGCCAUCAGAAACACAUCAUGAGUUCCCAUUCCACACACCUCAGUGCCGGGAACCAUGAGGUCUGCGCCAGGGUUGACACAGCCUUUGCAUGUUGGCAAGUUGGUAUUUUCCUUCACUUGUGGUCAGAGACAUGUUUGUGCCUAUCAGCAUCCAUCUUGUGGUUGGUCAUAUAAUCACCUGCUAUAUAUUGUGACCUUGUGCAAUAAAGCAGAAUUGUGUAUAUAUAUAUACAGUUAUAUAUAGUUAUAUUCCUGUACCUGAGAUCCCUAAGCUCAAUUCCAAUGUAGAUAAGGCCACAAACUUGUAAGGCACAGAGGGCUGGCUUUGUGUGAGAGGUACCCUGAACACUGGUUGGAGGAGAUCAGUGCAGUGUGGGAUUCGGUCUCAGAAGAGGCCACAGACUGUUGGCAGUAAGGCACUCAUACCUGGUUUAUGUUAAAUGUAUUUUUUCUCAUGUACAAAUAAAUGCAUAUCAAAAACUUAAA